UUGCGGGCAUGGGAGAGCAAACUAGUUACUUUUCCUAGAAUAUCGUGAGUGGUAAUUACUUGCACUCCAGUGCUAUUGAUACUAACAAUAUGAUUCAACAUUUUGCGGGUGAGGUUUUCAAAUUAUGCAUCCCAGCUCCCCAGAAGGUAACGGGAUAGUUGCAAGGAAGCAUUACGCAGGGUACCAUUAGGUUCAAAAAUUGUGGGGGUAACACACAAGGAACUAAACAACCAAAGGAGAGGCAUCUCUCCACAUCAUCCACCCGCUGCUGCAAAAUGUCCACUCCCUAAUCGACCAACAACAGUCCAGCGUGAAGGCGUCCGGCUGCGGCGGCCCGGGGCCUCCACAACUGAGGCGGACAAUUGGUUGACAGCAGUAGCGUCGCGCUUCGAUGUGGCUCCAUGGGCGCGGCUUCAUCGUGUGAGGGGUUCACUGGACGGGUGAGUCUUUCCGGGACCCACACCGGGGAGCUCUGGUCCUGUGGAGAAACACAAACUGCACCUCGGUUCCAGAUGAGAACCGGGUCUGGGCCAGGCCAUUUGCCGGUAAGGACAUCCUUCCAGCGCACUUGCACUGGGGAGCUGGUUUGGCGACCAAGGCAGUGGCGGUCUGCUGCUGUUUGCCCUUUGGCAUCCAAAGUUAAAAAAUUAAAAAUGAAGAAGAUUGUGUUGAACGAGGACAGGCAACGAACUGCUGUUCUCACUCAGACUCAAGACAGAUACAACAAAAGGGGUCAUGAACACCAGACAGUACACACACUUAACAAAAGACUAACACCCGCCACUAUGGUCGUGGCCAAUGACCCGUGUACACAAUCCCCCGCUCUGAUCGCGGGCCCUCGCUUUUGUCGCGAGCUGGAUCCCUUUUCCUCCCCCGCUCUGAUUGCGGGCCCUCGCUUUUGUCGCGAGCUGGAUCCCUUUUCCUCCCCCGCUUUGAACGCGGGCCCUCGCUUUUGUCGCGAGCCGGAUCCCUUCUCCUCCCUUGCAAGCUCUGCGGCUACCGCAGAAGUCUCCCCCACCACUUAUCUACCUGGUGGGGCUACCCGGACAAACCCGGCACGGGGGGCGGCUUACCUGUCAGCUGAAAGCAGUCUCGAGAGGGGAUCCUGAAGUUCCCGGUUUCGGCACCAGUUGUCGGUGUCGCUCGGCCGCCGACCAGCAGGGACGAACACACCAACGCAGAUAGCUUUCAGCAGGUUUAUUAUCAGGUACAAGCAGC